AUGUCGAUCGCCCGCGGCAUCCAGUCCGCCAUCUUCUUCUACCUGUCGUGCGCGCCAUGUGUUGGCAUGGCUCACCAGCGCCGACUGAAGAAGGAAGCCCGCCGUGACCGUAUAGAAAAGGCCGCCCUGCAGCUCGAGUCGCCGGACGCCUACCGCCAUCCGGACCCCUCGUCGACCAAUCCCCACUGGAACGAGGAGAUCGCAUUGGGUCCGGGUCCACCACCGCGAGGAAAGAAGAGGAACAAGCGGAACAUCGGAACUGCAGGAUCGGCAAGAAGCCGAGUGAACAGCGACUUUGAUGGGGAUGGCGUGGCUGGUAUCGAGAUGAGCGUGUCGCCCGGCGCCUCCGACACUACGUUGAACGACGCCCGCUGGGACACGCGCAGAGACGAGAGGGAAGACGACGAUACGUGGGGCGCCGAAACAAUAAGUUCAAGAGGUGGCAUGAGGUUGUCGAGCAGCGCAGGCUCCGCCACGGGCUUGGUCCCUCUCAGCAGGCCCAGCACUGGACGAUCGGCCAGCGAAAGCUACUACACCCCCCGUCCGCCUCCAGUCAACGAUUACCACCCUCCCGUCGUCAGCGCACUUGCUCCCCACGCCGGCGCCAACAGUUGGAUGCUUGCACCGCCGCCAAGCGCAAAGGUCAUGAGCGGGAAGAAAAAAUCAUCCAGCAGCAGAAGCGGGAGUCGUGCGAGCAGCCGCAGUCACGUUAGCUUACGGCGGGAAGUGAGCCAGAGAGGCAUUGCCGAGAAGAUGAAGAGGGGCGAGACCCCGGAGGUGCCUCCAGUCUCAAGGGGCAGCUCAUAUGUCAGGGAGUCCAAGUCGACGCACGGGAGCCCAAAGGCUACCUUGUCUCCAACUCUGUCGGCCAAGAAGUUCAGCCAUGAGCGCAGGUCCGUAGCGGAAGACUCGGAUGCGUCAGACGACAGCAUGCCACGCGACAAGAGGCAUGACUCAGGCAACCACCUUGCUAUCAUCUCCCCGAACGUUGAGCGCGGAUCCCCAAAAAACAACAACUCGACCAAGCAGAGAUUAUCGACUGUGCAUUCAGGAGAGUCCCUGGUUAAGCGACCAAACACGGUCCGAGCGUCGACGCAAAUGGGGCUCAAAACCUCCGUGCUGCAUAAGGAGAACAUUAGCGAACUCCCUGUGAGAUCCAAAACGACCAGGGCCGCGAAGAAACCGACCCCUCUGGUCAUCCGCGAUAGCUCCCUCAACCUCCUCCAGGAACUCGUCUCUCCCAACGCGCUGCUGAACUCUCAAUUCGUCAAGUCCCCAACUCUGGAAGCCAGGAUACAGCUACCGCCCACCGACUCGUCGGAAGAGCUUCAACUCCGGUCGCUCAGCCCCUGGUUUCCUUCUGAUGACUUCAUAGCGGCAGGCGACGAUUCCGGCUCCGACUAUGCGCAAAACCCUCGCCUCCGGUGGAGCAUGGAUAUCUGA